UAUCAUUUAUCAACUGGAUAGGGCGAUGCCAGCUAACCUUGACAUGGCCCUGAGCUACUUCCCCUCGUCUAGACAUGAACUUGGGCUUUAUUUUCCUUUCCCAAAGACGAAGGGAGCAAAACUUUUUGUACCAACGACUGCAUUCAUGUCCAACAAGCUUAUCCAACCAGCAAUCCUAGCUCCCCAAGUGGUUCCUCCGAUAUCCAAAAUCAAAGCAAGGGUGAGAACUUGCAGAGUGGUCUCAGCCACAUAUCCAAUGACAAAGGGCAAUGGAUUUAGGCCUACUCAUACUACCAAGGUUGCCGAGCAGAACGCUGGCUUAGUCGGUGAGGAAGAUGUACAAGAUCUUAAAACACUUUCCCAGCUCAAAACUAAACUCUACCAGGAAGUCAACGGAAUCAAUAGAGGGAUUUUUGGAGUACCAUCCUCGAAGAAAUCUGAUAUCGAGGCUCUGGUGAAGCUGCUAGAAUCUCAGAACCCAACUCCAGAUCCUACCUUAAAUCUAGAUAAGGUGGGUGGUUGCUGGAAGCUUGUUUACAGUACAAUUACAAUCUUGGGUUCAAAGAGAACAAAGCUGGGAUUGAGAGAUAUCAUCACCUUGGGAGAAUUUUUCCAGACCAUUGAUGUUGAAAAGAGCAAAGCGGUUAACGUGAUCGAGUUCAAUGCCAGAGGAUUGAGUUUGUUGAAUGGGAAGCUGACGAUUGAAGCGUCCUUCAAGAUCGCAUCCAAAUCAAGAGUUGAUAUAAAUUAUGAUAACUCAACGAUCACUCCAGAUCAGUUGAUGAAUGUGUUCCGGAAGAAUUAUAAUAUGUUGCUAGCUAUCUUCAAUCCAGAGGGGUGGCUGGAGAUCACGUAUCCUUUCUUAUCACUGCUGAUUUACUCACCCAACAUUUUAGUUUUCUACCUCCUUGAGAUUGGGAUGGUAGAGAAAGUGGUUGUUCCUUUACUUCAUGUGAACACUGCAGAUAUGUAGAUGAUACCAUGAGGAUAGGGAGAGAUGACAAAGGAAAUACCUUCAUAUUAGAAAGAUCAGAAGAAGACAUCAGUGUGUUGACUUAAAUUCAAUUGUUAACUUCCAAGUAUUUCAACAUUUCAUUUCAGACAAGGCACCAAAAAGAUAGUGUACAAUGUUAGAGUGAGUUAUUUCCAGAGGCCCAGUUUGGCAAAUAUGCUAAGAGGAUUGCUUUUGUCUCUUCCCAAAUUACUCUGUUAAGAUUUUUGGAAUGCAAAUUGUGUCUUUGCUUCUCAUCGCAAAAUGCAAAAAAACCGUUUGUGCACCUUUGAAGUUCAGCUUAAAAGGUCAAUUCAAGUGUUAGAAAUUUGAACA